CCAUAUCCUCGCCGUGGUCGUGGUCAUCACAAUCACCAUCACCACCAGGUUCUAAUUGUCCUUCUCACUUUACACCGACACUCUUACCCGUUACCAGUCUGUGCUCUCCUACUAAUUAUUAUUCUUCGUCUUAUUUCAUCUCACAGUUACUUACACCAAUUAAAUCAACACAUCAACAUUUAAGUGUAAAAGGGCGUAAUGAUAAUAAUGCGAUGUGCUGAUGAUCUGAUCAGCUAAAAUACACACAAGCUCUCAUGUUCUCUUACGUCAAGUGUCCAGUGUGUCAAUAGAAUAAUAUUUUUGUUUUCAUCCAACCGCUAUUUAUUCAAAAUGCAUAAGUUGAAAUUCUCACAGAAGGACAAAGUUAAAAAGUUUAUAACUUUUACUCAAACUGGUGAGCAGACUGCGAUUUAUUGUCUCGCUCAAAAUGACUGGAAAUUAGACUUGGCGAGUGAUAAUUAUUUUCAAAACCCAGAUGCUUAUUACAAGGAACCGAAGAAUUCGGUUGAUAAAAAAAAAUUGGAGAUUUUGUACACUCGGUAUCAAGAUCCCAAUGAAACGAAUAAAAUAACAGAAGAUGGCAUCAUGAAGUUCUUGGAUGACCUGGGGUUGAGUCCAGAAAGCAAAUUGGUGCUGAUAAUAGCAUGGAAGUUUAGAGCGGAGGCUCAAUGUGAAUUUUCGAAGGACGAAUUUAUGAAUGGAAUGGUUGAGUUGAGCGUAGACAGUGUAGACAAACUAAAAGCCAGGUUGCAUAGUCUGGAGAAUGAACUAAAAGAUCCACUGAAAUUCAAAGACUUUUACCAUUUCACUUUUAAUUAUGCGAAAAACGCAGGGCAGAAAGGACUGGAUCUGGACAUGGCCAUUGCGUACUGGAAUAUUGUCAUGAAAGAUAAAUUUAAAUUUUUAGAUCUCUGGUGCCAAUUUUUGCAGGAACAUCACAAGAGAUCGAUUCCAAAAGACACGUGGAAUCUUUUACUAGACUUCGCUUCAAUGAUAAACGCCGACAUGAGUAAUUACGACGAAGAAGGAGCCUGGCCGGUGCUCAUUGAUGAUUUUGUAGAAUGGGCACAGCCUCGGGUUCGUCAAUCUCACUAAUAAACCUCCACCUCUAGCUCUAAUACAUUUUUACAAAAAAAAAAUGUUGUAUCAUUUAAUUAUUUAAAUAAUUAUUUAUUCCAUGUUAUUGUUGAAGGGAACUUGAAACUAGUUAUAAAUUAAAUAACAAAGGAAUUUACGGUUUAUAUCUUAUCAAUAGUUGAUCUAUUUUUAAAAACUACGUGAUAAUCCAGUUGGCACGCUAUCGCCCCCCCCCCCUCUUUUAACUCUCACUAUUGUUUAAUAAUAAUUCGAUUUAUUAAAAUAAAAAACAAUUUCACUGCGCUUACGAUCCACGGAGUUGAGCAGCAAAUAAAAAUGAUAAAUUUUUAUUCAGUUGCCAAUUAAAUAUCAGUGUCGCUCAACAAUUAAAAAUAUUUAUAAGCAUUUUCAGUUGCAUUACAAAAAAAUAUAAAUUAAUGAGUAUAAUUUUUUUUACUUUGUCUUCUCUCAUUUAAAACUAGACCGAUAAAAAAAAAAUUAAGCUUCGAUUUUCUUGCGUGUGUAUAUAGACGUAUUAGUAAUUAUUCUGUUAUCAAUGUAUUUACUUGUCAUAUAUUUAAAUAAUUUUUUUUAAAUACACUUGUAAAAAUACAUAAACAGAAUAUUAUUUAAUAUAUAAUUUUAUCGGUUUUUAUGCUUGAAUAAUUUUUUUAUUUUUUUCUAAGAUUCUUAAAUAUUUUUUUUUUUUUAAAUAAAAAGACUUAAUGAGUUUGAAAAAUAAAAUUUGAACGUAAUUAACAUUAAUUAGUUUACGCUAGUUGUAAUGUGUAUUAUAUUACUUUAAGGACAAAGAUAACUGAAGAGAAAAUGAUAAAAUAAUAAUUUUAUCUUAUAUAUUCUUUAAUAAAUAUAAUAAUAAGUAUGGACGAAUGUGUGGGUAUUGGAGUUGAUAUUUUUGAGCUUAAGGGCAUUCUCAGAUACACUGCCCGUCUCUUUUUAAAAAUAUGUAAUUACAUUCAAAUGUCAAGCGUAUCAAUUUUAUCAAUUAGUAAAAAAAAAAAAAAAAAUUGAAGCAUUGAUUGAAAAAAAAAAAGAUUUCGCUGCGAUUUUUAAAAAAUUACUUUCAGUAGAAAUUAAUUGGGAGUCAAACAAAAUUUGGGAAAUAAAUUUCAGUAAAAUCUUCAUGUCAAUUUUAUUAUUAGAAUUUUAAAAUUUUUUAGGGUAAAGUUCAUUAAAAAAAUUUCGUUUUACUCCUAAUUGAUGAGAACCAAGUCAUUUUUUUUUCUAUCUCAGUUAAUUGCAAUCACGUCGUCCUUUUUUCAAGUAAUGUUUUAAUUUUUAUUUUAUUAAUUGAUUAAAAAUUUUGAUACGCUUGAAAAUUUGUAAGAAGUGGAGGCAGUUUUUGAGAAUGGCCUUAAAUUUGAUAAAUAGUUACUAGAAAAAAUAAAAAAGUUAAUGAAACUUGCUUGUAAAUGUUAAAUUAAAUUUUGAGCUAUUAGAUUUCUUUGUAAUCUUUAACAAAAAAUAUAAAAAAUUGAAUUUAACGUAACGAAUUGUUGGCAGGCUACAACAUGAUAUUUUUUGGACGUCUUAGACUUGUAUUUUGUUAAUAAGUAAAAGGUUGAAUAAAUAUUUACCAGAUAAACAUUAUUUAAAUAAACUUUUACGUUUAAGUACUUUGAGAGAGUGACUUUGUAUAUAAUGUAAAUAAGUAUAACGAUAUUGAAGUACAGUAUGAAGUAGUUUUAAAACUUUGCUGUUUCAAAAAUUUAAAAAAAUAAACAAACUAAAAC